UACAGAUUUCAAAAUGUGGGGUUUAUUACUUUAUUCUAUGGGCUCUUCACUGUUUUAUCUCCUCCCGUUAGAGGUCGCUGUAACCACAAAUAAAACUUUCACGUAGAAGGAAGAAAUUUGCAUUUGAGUAGACGGAAGAAGACAGACAGCAUGAACAGUGACGGAGAGGAGGAUGCUGUGUCAGUGCAGAAUCUUCUACUUGAAGCCUUCACACCGACGCUUGAACUGUCGGGUAGCGGAAUGAAUCCUAGUUAGAUGUUUUCUUCUGCUAAACUGAAGCACAUUGUCAGGUUUCUUCUGUCGGAGUUUGAGCUCCUGUGAAGAGGACCUCUGACUCUGCCUGGCACAGAUACGGUUUGAUAAUCUUCCUCAGGAUCAGAGCAGGCAGAAAUACCAAAAUAACCAAAUUGCUGUGCAGAUGGAGCUGAGCAGGAGGAAAGUGCCUCUGUAUGGCCAGGCAAAGGUAUUUGCAUUGUUGGAAGGUUUAGACUCUGUGCCGGAGGAUGCUGAGGUCUACGUUGUUCUGGAAGGAUCCACACUGGUCCAUGUCACCAGGGCCCAGAGUGAUAUCAUGCUCUGCUUUAUUGUGCCUGGACAUAACCUUGCUGAGAUGGUGUCUGUCCAGGCCUACCUGUGCUCUGAAACCACACCGCUCACCUGGGUGGGUGGAGCUAUAUUGGAGUAUGUCCAAGAUGAUGCUCAGGACCUGGCAGAGCACCUGGUAAUCCAUGGAAAUUGUCUGAGCUCGAUGGAUCACAAGGAACUGAGCAGCCUCUUUAGCCUGGGCCAGGAGAGCUCUCGCUGGGCUAUGGAUCGCCGCGUGGCCCUGGCCAUGGCCAACCUGGAUAUUCCUCAAAACUGGAAUGUGUUGGGGAGCCACAUUGGAGACGAACACAGUCCCAGAGAGUCUCCCCUCCACCUGGCUGUGCGAUGGGGUCUGUUUAGGCUGGCGGAGCUGCUGCUUUGCCAGCCGGGGGGUCUCAUGGCUGUCAGUCUUCCAAAUGAAGAAGGAGUCACACCGCUGCAGCUGGCACAGGCAGCGGGCAACACAGAGCUCCUGGAGCUGCUCACACACCCACCCAAUCCUCUAGCCACACCUCCUGCAGGUCUGUCUCAGGUGUGGGCAGACCGGUCCCGCUUGCUGAGGUUCUGCCAUGAUACGGGGAACCUGACGCUGACUGUCCGACAAAACCUGAGGUGGAGCUCAGAGGAGAGCCGACAUGCUGAUAUCCUGCUUCUCAGAGGCAGGCUUAGAGAUGAGGACUUCCUCAGAGAGAUCAAAGCACUAAGGAGGGAACGAGUGGAGACCAUCUUAGGGAAGGAACAACUAGUGGAUGAUCCUGCAGAGAACGGACUGUAUCCUGAUAUUAAUGGAGAAAAUUCUGCUGCAGAAGAAAAUGACUACGAGGAGCCGCUGAUGUUUUGUUUGAAUGAGGAGGACCAAGUGGACGAGCCAUCGCAGUCUGACUCUGAGAAAAGCCAGUCCAUAAGGGAGAGUCAGGCCUCGUCACCGACUCUGGCUGCAGCUGCCAGACUGUCAGCAAUGAUCCAUGGCAAAGACAGAGUCUAUGCCAACGCCAUGCUGGUGGACCAGGUAGAUGACGCUGACAUUAAAUACCGCUCUCCGGGGGAGAAGGAGGUGAGCCCUUCGCCACAUGUUGGCAGCCCAUGUUGGGACACUUUCUCCAUGACACCCCCUAACUCAGGGAGCUGGCCCAAGAACCGGUACCCACCCUCGCCCCAGAAUGGGGAGAGGAGAAUCCAAGGCUUCAGCCAGGAGAAUCACAAGGAGCCAUCCCCUCACGUCUCCCCUUCUACCUCCUCUCCUUUUGCUUCCUCCCCAAUUUUUCCUUCCUCCCCCCUGGCUUCCGCUUUCCGUUUGUUCGAGGGAGGACAGAGGCGGCAGACACAGUCCUGCCUUACAGUCUCUCCUUCGCUGAAUCGCAGAGGAUGCAGCUUGCCGCGGGGCCUGAGUCCCAGUCUUGAGUGUGACAGUGGAGAAGAGGACAUAUUGGGACAUUCCUACCCCUGCUCGUCUUUAAAGCAGCAGUCCAUCCUGUGCUCCAGCUCAGGAGAGGAGAGGGACUCUUUCGACACUUCCCCUGAAUUUAACCGCACACACUCCGACAGCACGCACAAACCCACCAAGAACCCAGAGGAAGCCGAGGUUCGUCUGCGCUCCUACUCCUACUCCUCCCCCAAGGCGAAGCCGUCACGCCCGCUGCUAAACCGAGAUGCAACCAUCACUGACCUGGCAGAAGAGCAGAGAGCAUUCAGCCUGACUGAGACUCCCAGAGAAAAGAGGAUCGAGGAUGAGGAGUGGGAUAAAUACAUAAUCCCAUCUAAGGUCGAGUCAGAGAAGUACAAAGUCAGCCGGACAUUCAGCUUCCUUAAGAGCAGGAUGUCCAGCACACGCAACAAAACCAAGGUGAAGGGGAAAGAGGUGAAGGAGGGAAAGGAGAAGGCAGGAGCAGCUAAUGGACACCAGUUUGUUCCCGUGUCUCCAUCUGGCCCCGCUCUCUGUGUGGCCUGUGAUAAGUCUGUUUCUGGGAAGGAGCUAUUGCAGUGCUCCAACUGUUUCCUGAAUGUCCAUAAGAACUGUCGAGAGUCGGCUGCAGCCUGUGGAAAGAAGCCACAGGAGAGGAAUGCAUUGCUGAUGAAAAGCAAGACCCUGUCCCUCCCACAGAACUCUGUGAAAGACAACUCUCCAGCCUCCGUCUUCUCCUCUUCCUCCUCCUCCUCCUCUUCACUUCCAACAAUGACCAGAGAGAAGAGAGAAACAGUUGCUACUCUCACCAAAAGCAUCUCCAUCUCUAUAGACAGCAGACGGCUGAGUGAUACAGUGGGGGUGGACGGUGAGUGCAGUGUGACAGCUUGCACUAACAGCUCAGACGAGGGAACGCUGAUCACAGCGACUCCCCUGUCAGCCGAAACUCCGAUCACCUCACAGGAUGCUGGUGACGCUCCUCUAAUGAGCGACUUGUCAGCUGACCUGCUUGGACUUGAGGUGGAGUCAUGGAGUCUUGCAGUCAGUCCGGAGUUCUGCAGGUUGCAUGACAGACGCACCAUCAAACGACAGGAUGUUAUUUAUGAGCUGAUGCAGACAGAGCUGCACCACAUCCAAACGCUGACAGUCAUGUCUGAGGUAUUCAGGAGAGGCAUGCUGGAGGAGCUGCAGCUGGACUGGGACUGUGUGGCCCGGAUCUUCCCCUGCUUGGACCCCCUCUUGCUCUUCCACAGGAACCUCUUCGGAGCAUUGCAGGAACGCAGACAGGCUGCAACCCAACCUGAGAACCACAGAAAUUACCUCAUCCAUCAGAUUGGAGACAUUCUGCUUCAGCAGUUCUCAGAUGAAAAUGCUGAGAAGAUGAAGCAGGUGUACGGAGAGUUCUGCAGUCACCACACUGAAGCCGUCAAUUUCUUCAAAGAGCUGCAGCAACAGAACAAGAAAUUCCAAAACUUCGUCAAACAACAGAGCAAUAACUCACUGGUCAGGCGAAGAGGGGUGCCAGAAUUUAUCCUGCUAGUGACUCAGCGCAUCACCAAGUACCCAGUGCUGCUGGAGAGGAUAUUGCAGUACACUCAGGAGGGAAGUCAGGAACAUUCUGACUUGUCCAGUGCUCUGGCUCAAAUCCGUGACGUCAUUGCAGCAGUGGACCUGACUGUAAGUAAACAUGAGAUGUUUCAGGAGCUGCAGGAAGUGCUGGCCCGGCUGGAGAACAAGAGCUUUGCCAAGCUGAAGAAUGGCAAGGUGUUUCGCAAACAGGACCUGCACAGCAAACACAGAGAUCUACAGCACAAAGGGCUGGUGUACUGGAAGACUGCCACAGGACGUCUAAAAGAUACGUUGGCUCUCCUGCUCACAGACGUUCUGGUUUUCCUGCAAGAGAAAGACCAGCGCUUCGUAUUUGCAGCUGUGGACCAGAAGCCCCCAGUUAUCCCUCUGCAGAAGCUCAUCGUUAGAGAAGUAGCUAAUGAGGAGAGAGGGAUGUUCCUCAUCUCCGCCUCCUCAGUGGGACCAGAGAUGUAUGAAGUUCACACCACCACCAGAGAAGAGAGGAAUGCUUGGAUGAGACACAUACGACAAGCUGUAGAGAGGUGUCCUGAGGAAGAGGAGGAGGAGGAGCGGAGCGCUGAAUCGGAGGAGGCCAGGCGGGCAGCAGAAGUGAGGGUUCAGAAGAUCACCAAGUUCCAAGAGACGUUGUUGGGUCAGGACCAGCGCAUCUGCGACAGCCUGGAGGAGAAACUGCAAUUGUAUGCUGAGCUCACGGAGUUAACCCUCCGCUCCCCAGAACCUGUGCCACAUCGCCAUCUGCUGGUGCAGCCAGAUUCUGAAAGUGAGACGCCGCGAAAGGCCUCGUCACUGCUCACAGCUGCACUCAGAGAAGCGGAGAACCUGAUCACCAUUCUGCAGGCUCGUGAUGGCCUUUCUGUACAAAGUCAGAGCUCUCCUUUCCAAGGACCAGAGUGCUGUAGCUACAACAGUCAUGGCAGCAGUAUCCAGGAGUCUCCCUCUGAGCCAGAUUAUCUGAGCACGCUCAGUAUGAGUUCCACCUCCCUUGGAUCAGACAGUGAGUUGACGGGGCUGGACGGUGUGUUGUGGAGCUCUGCUGUUGAGCUGAGAAGAGGAGACACCAAAGAAACAAUGUUAAAGGUGGCAGAGAGUGUCCAGAGUCUGACACAGCUUCUCUACAGUCUGCAGGCUGCUGUGACCCUCCAGGACAGCUGCUUUGAGGUCCAGAAACUCCGCCUUCAGGAUGGAGAAAGACCUCAGCUCAGGACCAUCACUUCCCUCCAAAACAACCUGGAGCAAGAGAAGCAGAGGAGUGUUGAUAAGAAGAAGGAGGAAGUGGAAAAGAAGAGUUUAGAGAGGAAGAAGGAAGAGGUGGAUGAGGUGCACAAACUGUAUGUGAAGCUGAAACAAGAGCAGCAGCGCUGGGACAAAGAGUGUGUGGCCAGAGAGAAACAACAGAGUGAACAGGUGAGUUUGCUGGAGCAGCGUGAGCAACAGUGCUUCCUGGAGGCCGAGCGGCUGCGCUGCGAGCGUGAGGAGCUGGAGGCUCAGCUGCUGGAGUAUCAGCACAAUCUGGACAGACUGAAGGAGGGUCAGAAGAGUGUGGAGAGGGAGAAGGAGAAGAUUGAAACCCAGCAGAGGAUACUCCAGAGCUGGAGACACAGCCGCCAGAGCAGCCUGCCUGUUACGAUACCAUUGGAUGGAUUCAAGGUGUCCAGCCACAGUCGCUCAGGCAGUCUGGAUGGUAACUGUUCAGUGUACAAGAAUGAGGCAGCUUUACUUGCCUCCCUCCAGCAGAACCAUCUCCACCAGCCCACCAACAACAACCAGCACCAGCUUCUGCUCUCUACACCAAGAAAGAACUGUGACGGGACCCUGCACAGCUCCAGCUACACUGCUAACCUUGGCCUCAGCGCCAGCCUCUACAACAGCCUCAAUACCCUGCUGAGUCAAACACAUGGCAAACAGCCUCCAGAUGGUCUGACAUACCCAAACUACAGUAACAACGACUCCGUACGCCCCUACAACAGCAGGGUCACUGCACAGCCACAGAGGACCAACAAGACAGACUUCAGUCCACAGUUGGACCGGCGCUCCCUGGGAACCUGGAGGUCAGAGGUCACAGGUCAAAGACUUUACGAGGAUGACUACUCCUCCUCUCCCUCUCUUACUCCUCUCCUUCCCCCGCAGGCUUACCUCUCUCUUGAGGGACAGAAUGGGGAGGAGGGAGGCGAGGAGAACAUUGUUUAUCUCUGAGAAUUAUGAGAGAGAAACAACCAAUGCAAGCUGCCUGACAUAUAACUGGACCAACAAUAAUAUACCUGUUGCUUUUAUGUGUUUAUGUAUGUGUGUGCUUGCAUCUAUCUAAAUGCGAUGGAUGUAAGUUCAUUUUUGAAAACCUGGAUAAUCAAGUUACGGAAUAGUUGCUGGGAGGAAGUGUGCCUUUAUCAGUGUCAUUUUCCUUCUGCCUGAUCAAACCAUUUGUGCCUUUUUCCCCAAGCAAGCUCUUUGUAAAUCAGCUUUUAUACUUGUACUCUCAUGUCAGUAGAUAAGCAUCUAUGUAAAUCAGUGGGGGGUUUUUUGGUAUCUGUUGCACUUGUUUGAAGGCAGAGGUACUUAUAUGACCCAACCACUGGGACCUAAAGCACCAGGUAAUCAAGACAAAAGUAUUGAUAUUAUUUCCCUGUGAGCACUUAAAGUAAAUGGAAAUAUUUUAGAGGCCAAUUGAUGUACAGCAUUAACAGCUCUCCUAUAGAGUGCUAUUAUUUCUCUGUGUGAACUUUAAUAAUAUUUAUAAGGGAUUGUGAGCAUUUGAAAGAAAUAAAAUAGACUGACAUUGUAUAAAUAUUAAAUAUAUGUAUAGUUUUAUGGAAAGGCUACCUAUGCACACUAUAUUGGAAGAGGAUCUUAUAAUUUUUCUCACUUAAGUGCCAAAAAUCUAUCUUGCUAUCUGAUACCGUGAGUGAUUUCUGUAAAAAAAAAAUGGCUGUAUGUUUUCUGUUUGUCUCCUUUUCUGACAAGUUGGUAAUUUAUUGUGUGUAAAUUGCUUCAUGCACUGUCAACAUGAAUUAUAUUUUGUUUGAUAUGAAGUGUUCUCUUGUAAUCUCUGUAAUCAGAACUGUGAUGUGCCAUAUAUUAAUAUUGUACUGCAUAUAAAGAUAUUGUUGCAAA